UUUGGAAUCAGAGAUUGUGAAAUUUGGGGUGUUGGAGAUGGAUUCAGAAAGUGGGGUUUCACCUAAGAUGCAAUUGGAAUCUGGAGUUUUGAGUUCAAAGAUGAGUAGUGAAAAUGUUAGCAGCAACAAAAAUAUGAUAUUUAGAGCAGAUAAAAUUGAUUUGAAGAGGUUGGAUGCCAUGCUAGAAAAACACUUGAGCAAGCUUUUUUCCAAAAGCGUUGCAGCAGAAAGGCCUAAAGAAGCAUGGGAGAUUGAUACGGCCAAAUUGGAUAUACAUUAUUCUGUAGCUAAUGGGAGCUAUGGUACUGUCUACAGAGGCACUUAUGAUGGUCAAGAUGUUGCAGUGAAAGUUCUGGACUGGGGUGAAGAUGGUAUUACCCCUGCUACUAAAAUUGCUUCAUUAAGGACAUCAUUUUGGCAGGAGGUUAGCGUAUGGCAAAAGCUUGAUCAUCCAAAUGUUACAAAAUUUCUUGGAGCUUCACUGGCUAUUCCAAAUCUCAUGAUUCCCUCAUCAACCAUUUGUCCAAAUUCUGUUCCUUCCAAGACGGGUUGUGUAAUUGCCGAGUUUCUUACUGGCGGAACAUUGAAACAAUACUUGUUCAGAAAUAGGCUCAACAAACUUCCAUACCAGAUUGUGAUUAAGCUGGCUUUGGACCUCGCUAGAGGUCUUUCUUAUCUACAUUCAAAGAAAAUUGUUCACCGAGACAUAAAACCUGAUAACAUGUUGUUAGAUGCUAAUAGAAAUUUGAAAAUAGCUGAUUUUGGAGUGGCUCGUAUUGAAGCUAACAACCAAAGUGAGAUGACAAGUGAAACUGGAACCUAUGGAUAUAUGGCCCCAGAGGUUUUAAAUGGCAAGCCUUACAACAGAAAAUGUGAUGUCUACAGUUUUGGUAUUUGCUUGUCUGAAAUUUAUAGUUGUACUACGUUUUCCAAUCUAACCCUUACCACGGUGUCAUGUUCCCUUAUUAAUAAGCGUUUACGACCUAAAAUUCCAAAAAAUUGUCCAAGCGACUUUGCAAACAUCAUACGAAAAUGCUGGAAUGCAAACCCAGAGAGACGACCAGAAAUGCAUGAGGUGGUGACAAUGUUGGAAGCAAUCGACACAAGAAAAGGAGGUACAAUGCUUCGUCCUGACCGAAAACAAUGA